CACCGGUUUACUGAUGCGCCGCUGCAGAUCAAAUUUUCACACCUCCAACGCCGGUUUGAUGAUCUACUUGCCACUAAAGAACAUGCCCCCUGCGAGGUUCAAGGCCGACUACAAGAAGUGGCAAACCUUCAAGCAUUGGCAUCGCGAAAGCUCCGAUGGUGGCAAGGAAGUCCAUUACUGGGUGUGUCCGAACUUUGGCCAGGUCGAUGUCAUAAAUUCUAGUUUCCCAAACCUAUUGGGUGAAUGCAGGGAUUCUUCUCAGUUACUUUGUCCCGAGCAUAUCAAGUAAAUUUGGGCCAUGACAAACUUGAAGGCGGUGCCGGGUACAGUGUCGGUCUGUUUGAAGAGCUUUAUUUCAACGUUAUAUUUCCCAUCAGUCUGUAUAAACAAUCUCACUCUCCUCCGAAAAGUCCAUACGAGGUUCUCAGCUCGUGACUCGAAGGGCAUGGGGGUCCAUGUAUUUAUACAGUCGCUACCGUCUGCUGUCCCAGCCCAGGAUGACGCCUGAAUCCGAGCCUCGAUCGCUUUAUACGGAAGGGGCUACCCCCCAACUUGAGGAGAACAAAGAAAGCUCAGAAACAUUGAAAGGAUACCAAGUUGCCAAGGACUCCGACCAUGAGUUUCCCGAAGGCGGUCGGGCAGCUUGGGCCACGACUUUUGGAUCGUUUCUUGUACAGCUCUGCGGGUUUGGUUAUACCACUUCAUUUGGUGUCUACCAAGACUUUUAUACCCAGCAUUACCUCACAAAUGAGACAUCGUCUGCCAUAUCAUGGAUCGGGAGCUUGAACGCGUUUUCAAUCACCGCUGUGGGCCUUAUAUCAGGUUUACUAUAUGACCGAGGAUAUUUCUACCAUCUCGUAAUUGCCGGUUCGCUUCUGCAGAGUUUCUGUCUCUUUAUGUUGUCUUUGUCGAAACCCGAUCAGUACUACCAGAUAUUCCUUGCUCAAGGCUUAGGCUUGGGUAUCGCAUCGGGGCUCAUGUACGUCCCGAGCAUGGCUGUUAUUUCGCAUCAUUUCCGGCGGAGACGCACACUGGUUAUGACGUUCGCCGCUUCGGGCUCAUCGCUGGGUGCUAUCAUUCAUCCGAUUAUGCUCAAUAACCUCCUGAAUGGCCGUCUUGGUUUUGCCAAUGGUGUUCGUGCAAGCGCGGGGUUGGUCAGCGUGCUUCUUUUAAUUGCAUGUCUGUGCAUGCGGACUCGCCUUGAUCCGCCGAUGACCCCAGCAAACUAUAUUGCGGCAGCUAGAAAGUGUGUUCGUGAUGCACCAUUCAUUUUCAUGACAGCAGGGGGCUUUUUUUUCCAGACCGGUUUCUACUACCCAUUAUUCUUCUUUCAACUUGACUCUAUCAAGCACGGUAUCAGCGUCAACUUCUCGUUUUACUCUCUAGUGAUUUUGAAUGGAUCCAAUUGUGUGGCACGAAUCUCAUCAGGGUUUAUCGCGGCGUUCAUAGGAGUUCCAAACUUGAUCAUAGUCGCAACAAUUUCGUGCGGUGUGCUCAUUUUGGGCAUGAUUGGAUUGAGUAGUCUGGCCAGCGUCGUUGUGCUGGGUAUAAUGUAUGGCUUUUUUGCAGGGCUGUACAUUGCGAUGGUGGCUCCACUCAUGGCUACUUUAACGCCUGACCUUUCUGAGCUUGGCGCGCGGAUGGGCAUCUGUUUCUUCAUUGCUGGAUUUGGAAGCUUGAUUGGAACCCCCAUAUCCGGCGCUCUGCUGACAUCGAAUUAUACCUGGUGGAUACCCGCUCUAUUCUCUGGGAUCGCUUCGGUGACUGGCAGCGUGAUGUAUUUCAUCAUGCGGUUUGUGUUUGUUAGAAGGCAGAUAAAAGAAAAAGUAUAUUGCCCAACUUGAGAUUAUGGCUGCGUUGUUUCCCCGGGUUUGAAAACACAACUGUAGCUAGAGUUAGGGUGUUAAAACUCGUUAGGAUUGGUUAGGGCUGACUGGUUUAGGUCAGUUAGAUUGGCUUAGAGUCAGGACUUGGGAUAUAUUUCUGUCUCGUUUAUUUUUUGCAUAACUUUCGAAUUAGAUGUCCUGCUCGUACAUGUUAGGUGGUGUAGUUGGUUUGAAACCCCGCUUUCAGCAAGGUCGGUUGCAACGUUAAACCUCCAUCCUGUUGUGGUUUGUAAUGC